AAGCGCGGGCGAGGGGGGGGACGCUUUCCCUGCCGUGACUCGAGGAGCCGGGCGAAGGCGCGGGGUUAACCUGCAACUGCGCCUCUCCGGGAGGGAGUUGCUGCCGCUCGCUCUCCCCAGCCGCCUCCCUUGGCAGCUCUUCCUGCAAGGGAAGGGAAUCCCCUCCCCACCUCGCCGCACGCCCGUUGUUGGAGCGACGCAGAUUCAUCAUGGUCAUCUUUGCUAUCCUUACUGCUCUGAUCCUUGCUACAGGACACUCACAAGAAACAGAUGAAACUAUCACAUACACGCAAUGCACAGAUGGUUAUGAAUGGGACCCCCUCAUGCAGCGAUGCAAAGAUAUUGAUGAGUGUGAAAUUGUUCACGAAGCAUGUAAAGGUGGAAUGAAAUGUGUUAAUCACUUUGGAGGAUACCUCUGUCUACCCAGAUCAGCCCAGAUCAUUGUCAAUAAUGGUCAAGAAGAAACAGUAUCAGAGACUGGUAGCAGAAAUGGUAAUCCCAUCAUCCGUCGGACGCCUCCAGAUCAGGUACCAUCUCGGAUACAGUGUGCAGCUGGGUAUGAGGCAAACGAUCAUAAUGUGUGCCAAGAUAUUGAUGAAUGUACCACUGGUGCCCACACCUGUAGGUCAGAUCAGGUCUGUGUCAACUUAAGGGGAUCAUUCACCUGCCAGUGUCGAACUGGGUAUCAAAAGCGAGGAGACCAGUGCUUUGACAUUGAUGAAUGCACGUUCCCUUCCUUUUGCCACCAUCGGUGUGUGAACAGUCCUGGUUCCUACCACUGCCAUUGCAAUGCUGGCUUUCAGUUAACACCUGACAACCGCACAUGUGCUGACAUAAAUGAGUGUGAGACCGGCAACCCCUGUGCUCAACUGUGCUACAAUAUAGUUGGUUCUUUCUUAUGCCAGUGCAAUCAAGGCUUUGAAUUAAGCCCAGACAGAAUCAGCUGUGAUGAUGUUGAUGAAUGUAGAGCUUCUAACUUCCUGUGCCAAUAUCAAUGUGUCAAUGAGCCAGGAAAAUUCUCCUGCGCAUGUCCAGAUGGAUACCAGUUGGUCAGAGGAAGAAACUGUCAAGAUAUAAAUGAAUGUGAAACACGCAAUGAAUGUCGAGAAGAUGAGAUGUGUUCCAAUUAUCAUGGUGGCUAUCGCUGUUACCCAAGAAAUCCUUGUCAGGAGCCUUACGUGCUUGCAUCUGAAAAUCGCUGUAUUUGUUCAGUAUCUAAUCAUCUUUGUCGGGACCUGCCAUACUCCAUUGUUCACAAAUAUAUGAGCAUCCAUUCAGAGAGGACUGUGCCAUCUGAUAUCUUCCAAAUCCAGGCAACCACGAUUAUCCCCAAUACAAUUAACACCUUCCGGAUUAAAUCUGGAAAUGACAAUGGAGACUUCUUUCUUAGACAAACAAGCUCCGUGAGUGCAAUGCUUGUGUUGGUAAAGCCAUUAACAGGUCCACGGGAAUAUAUCAUUGACCUGGAGCUGUUGACGGUCAACAACAUGAACUACCGGUCAAGUUCAGUACUGAGGUUAACACUUAUUGUGGGACCUUACUCUUUUUAGUCACUGAAAUGAAGUAAUUUGCUAGCACCCAGAGCAACCAAAGAAGCUUUCUUUUGAAUGAAGCACUUAUGAUUUUAUUUAUAAUUUUAUUUUUUUUAAGAAAAAACUUUAUUAAGGAAAUCAGUAUCCCAAAGAUGCUUUUUUCACGAGGCUACUAGACUUCCUUGUUUUUCUUAGAAGACAUUUUGCUUCUCAUCCAAGAAGCUUCUUCAGCUCUGACUGGAUGGUGGGGAAUGGAAAGAUUUAUACUCCUGGAACUGUUAAAAGGAUUGGAAGUUCCAAGAAGGCUCCACACCCAUUUGUACUACUCAGGUGACCCUGAGGACACAGACAAACCUCCAAGUGGCUCAAUGACUCUCUAAAAGAAUGCAAAUGACCAGCUGUCUCCAAGGAAUAUAAAU